AUGGCGGCCUUCCGCGACAUGGAAGAAGUGAGCCAGGGGCUGCUGAGCCUGUUGGGCGCCAACCGCGCGGAGGCGCAGCAACGGCGGCUGCUGGGGCGCCACGAGCAGGUGGUGGAACGGCUGCUGGAGACGCAAGACAGCGCCGAACAACGGCUGCGAGAGAUCCUGGCUGCAGAAGAAGAAGUGGCCCAGAGCCUUCUGGAUGCGAAGGAGCGGGCGCACCAGGGGGGCGCCGAGUUGCAGCAGCUUGAAGCUGAGCUCCGGAAGGCCGGCGAGGAGGACACCCGUCUGAAGGCCAGCCUCCUUCAGCUCACCAGAGAGCUGGAGGAGCUCAAGGAGACCGAGGCCAGUCUCGAGAGGCAGGAGAGGGAAGUUGACGAAGACACGACUGUCACCAUCCCUUCGGCCGUGUAUGUGGCUCAGCUUUAUCGCCAGAUUAGCAAAAUUGAGUGGGACUAUGAGUGUGAGCCAGGGAUGGUCAAAGGCAUUCAUCACGGCCCCAGCGUCGCCCAGCCUGUCCAGCUGGACAGCACCCAGCUCUCCAAGAAGUUCAUCAGCGACUAUCUCUGGAACUUGGUAGGCACGGACUGGUAG